CUAGGUUAUUAUUCCACGAGCUGGUUGCGUGUGCUAUUCGCCUGUCCGUUAAUUAAGUGAACUUUAUCAUAUUUUACCGGUUGUACUUUACUUAACCCCCAAAAGCCACAUACAAAAUGGUGUACGCUGUGAAAGACUCGAACGACUUGAAGACUCAGCUGACGAAUGCCGGCGACAAGCUGGUCGUUGUGGACUUCUUUGCCACCUGGUGUGGACCCUGCAGGAUGAUUUCCCCCAAACUGGAGGAGCUCGCUCAGCAAUAUACCGAACAACUUGUUGUGCUCAAGGUUGAUGUGGACGAAUGCGAAGACAUUGCCAUGGAGUACAAUAUUUCCAGCAUGCCCACGUUCCUGUUCAUCAAGAACUCCAACAAGGUGGAGGAGUUCGCCGGCGCCAAUGCGACCAAGUUGGCCGACACCAUUAAGAGGCUCCUCUAAGCAAAAUGCUGCGCAAUAUCUAAAAACACUUUGGCCUCAAUGUCGCUUCAUCGAUGGAUUGCAAUGCGAUCCCGGAAGGGGACAAUUCGUUUUCUUCAUACCGUUUAGUUGAUAAUAAUGUACUAUUCCAUAAGUGCAACGUUUGCAAGUGAUGUGUGUCCUCAAACUACAUGCAAUCAAUCGAAUCAAUUUUGCACAAUGGUUUUUCCCCCGUCUUUUAUUAUUGUUUGUGUUAAGCGGCAAUAAGCACUUGGCAGCGCAACAUUAAGAAAUGAGAUACACAUGUGGCUUUUAAUAUAACUAAAUUAAAUUGUUUUGCCUAAUUAACUAAUUACUUAAGAAGGGCUCUUUUUGUAACGCAAAUGCAUUGUAAACAGUUUUCGAAAACAGCAAACAGAAGCAAAUCAAAUAAAUAAAUCUAAAACACA